AUGUCGGACAUCGGGGACUGGUUCAGGAGCAUCCCUUUCAUCACCCGGUCUUGGUUUGCUGCUUCGAUAGCGGUUCCUUUUAUUGGGAAGCUAGGGUUGAUCGAUUUCAGAAACCUCCUGCUCUUCCCGGAGAUGGUUUUCAGCAGAUUUCAUAUCUGGAGACCAAUCACAGCCACCUUUUAUUUCCCAAUAACCCCCAAUACUGGCUUUCUCUACCUGGUCAACCUUUACUUCCUCUAUCAUUACUCCACUCGGCUGGAGACCGGGGCUUUUGAUGGCAGACCUGCAGACUAUGUUUUUAUGCUUCUCUUCAACUGGAUCUGCAUUGUUAUAACCGGGCUGCUCAUGAACAUGCAGCUGCUCAUGAUCCCGCUCAUCAUGUCGGUUCUGUACGUCUGGGCCCAGUUCAACAAAGACACCAUCGUUUCCUUCUGGUUUGGAACGCGGUUUAAGGCCUAUUAUCUACCCUGGGUCAUCCUGGCCUUCAACUUCAUUAUCGGAGGCUCAUUUAUGAACGAACUGACAGGAAACCUGGUGGGCCACCUCUUCUUCUUCCUCAUGUUCAAAUACCCCAUGGAUCUCGGAGGACGCUCCUUUCUGUCCACGCCAGAGUUCCUGUAUCGGUUCUUCCCCAACAGGAGAGGAGGAGUGUCUGGCUUUGGAGCUCCUCCCAGCAGACGGCCGGCGGCCCAGGACCCCGCCGGCGGAGGAGGAGGAGGGGGAGGCCGGCACAACUGGGGGCAGGGCUUUCGUCUUGGUGGGGAAUGAGGGCGCCCUGAGCUCUCACCAACAAACGGCCGAGCGGCCGGCAUUCUGGACUAAACCAUUUCUCUCCUCCUUGUUUUAUUUCCCGUUGAAGGAAAUCAAAUCUCCAUCUUUAAAUUGAAUUUGUCUGUUUAAGAAGAAAAAAAAAGAUCUGAGGAAGCACAGCAGGACUCUGUUCUCCAAGCCAAGACGCCAUUACAGCAGAGGAAGAACGGUUUCACUCUAACGCCACUCUCUUCCCGCCUUUCUUUCUCUACGACAGUCAGGAAGACGUGUUCUUCUCUCUGUGACGCCAUAUCUGAUUCUUCACGCACUGGGAGGGCCGUCCUGCAGCAGAGCGCCGUCUCUGGGUCUGUUUUCAUGGAUGUAAAAUAUUACAUGACGCGGCGGGAUUUUCUCCUGUUGUAAGACCCAGAUGUAAACACAAGGAUGCUCUUUAUUGUAAAUAAAACUUUUUUGAAAGGAUG